AUGAAGGACUCCUCGAGCUGGACAGAUGUUACACCUACGUUUGGUUCACGGGACCGCCGAUCCUCGCCUAGGAGCAACAGCAGGAUGUCCGCUGCUGGUGGUGACGAUCCCUUUGAAAGGCUGGAUAGGGGCGACGGCCGCAACGACCGCGACCGCGAUCACGGCAGGGACAAGAACAGGGAUAGGAGCUCGGUCAAGUUUGGACGUUCAUCUUUCCCACCUCGAGAAUCGUCCUCUCGUGACCGAUUCGGUCCCUCUUCUUCACCUUCGUCGCGAUCCCCUCGGUCAUACAACAACGACAGCGGGAACAGAGACAAUGUGCAUCGAGGAGGAAGCGGUCGGUCAUACGAUCCGAGCAUAACUGAUCGCCGCGGAGGGCCCAGUCAGAACAUGGCUUCAGAACACGACUACCUGUAUUCACCCAAUGUGGUCAUCCCAGCCCUGAGUAAUGGCUUCCGCACCCCCUACAAGCUGUAUUAUUCAAAUACCCUCAUCCAGAACCGGAAAAAGCGCAAGGAAGAUCCAGUAGCUGACUGUAUUGAGCUCGCCAAAAGGCAUGACAUCCCAGUUGUCAAAACAGACAAGCAUCAAUUGAACGAAAUGUCCGGCCAGCGUCCUCACCAGGGUAUAGUCUUGGAAGCAUCCAAGUUGAAGGAGACAAUGGUCGCAGGAUUAGGACCUGUAUCAGUCCAUACGAAUGACUACCAACUAAUCUACAAGGCUGCUGGACGGGACAAAUAUUUGUCGACCCGGGAGAACGAACCUCCAGUAUGGAUCGCCCUUGACGAGGUGGUCGACCCCCAGAACCUGGGCGCUAUCCUGCGGACGUCUCUCUUUAUGGGCGUUGAUGGUGUCGUAGUUUGCCACAAGAACAGUGCCCCUCUCUCGGCCGUUGUUGCGAAGGCUAGUGCUGGAGCUCUUGAGGAACGACCUACCUACGGUGUCUCCAGUCUCGUCAACUUUAUCAAAAAAUCACAAGAGAACGGAUGGCACGUUGUGGGCGCACAUGUAACAUACGGAUCCAAACGCAACCGUCCCCUUCACACCUGGCCCGAAACCGGCGUCGACCAGCCAACAUUACUGAUCAUGGGCAGCGAGGGCAACGGACUCCGAAAACAGGUCAUGAACCAGUGCGAUUCGUUUAUUCAGAUCCCUACCUUGUCCGGCGCCCCCACGGGAGUCGAUUCCUUGAACGUCAGUGUUGCCACAGGGAUUAUCUUGUCGAAAUUAAUGGGAGGACGGUUCUUGAGGUUGCCCAAGAACUUGAAGAAGUACCCGCAUAGGGUUUCUCGUUUUGGUGCUGGUGUCGAAGGCGAAGACGAGGAAGAUGAGGAUGAGGAAGGUGAGGAUAAGGAAGAAGAAGAAGAGGAUGACGAAGAAGAAGAAGAGGAGAAGGACGAGGAAGACGAGGAGAAGCCUGUCGGUACUGGCCAGGCACCCAAGAAAAAGAGCAGCCUACCUUUUUAG